AUGCCGUGCUAUCCGAUGCAACACCGCCCUCACAAGGUUGCUACGAACAAUGCAUCUCGUUGUAAUUUGAAGUUGAAAGCAACUCCUGAGGCUAAUGUUCCAGAGAAGCCAUGUCGCAAGCGGGGCCCAGAGAUGUCCAUCGAUGAUCAAAGGUGGAAAAAGCAGAAGAUGGACUGCAAUGUGAAAGUUGAGUGCAGUAAUCUUUUGAAAGUACUGAUGGAUCGUAGACUAGCAUGGGCGUUCGCUAGGCCAUUCGAUCCAGUGAAGACCCCACCCGAUUACUUCAAGAGGAUUAAGAAUCCAAUGGAUUUAGGAACAAUAAAACGUAAACUGGAGAGGAAUAUGUACUCUGCUGCAAAGGAAUUUGCCGAUGACAUGCUGCUGACUUUCGGGAAUGCAAUGGCGUAUCACCCUCCUUCGUCUGAAGUUUAUCGCAACGCAAGGCUAUUGGAUUGUAAUUUCAGGAGGAGGUGGGAAAUAUUGGCUGCAAAAGUGAAGCUAGUUGUAGAAAACAAUCAUCACCAAGUUGCUGGUCUGAUGAAAGCUACCAUGGCUGAAAAACAUGGCAAGUCAAGGCGCGUAGCUUCUACUGAAGGUGUCCAAAUGUCGCCAAAGAAGGCGUUGCAGGUUGCAACGCUCAAAAGUCGCUUUGCAGAUACCAUCUUCAAAGCCACACAGUGA